CUCAGUUCUGAUUGUGCUACUGGCCUCUUUACAGCGAGACGCUAUCACGUUCACGCCAAAGUGGACUCGUUCGUGUGUGUCACUGCUAUAGGCUAUUGAAAAAAAUCAAAUCCGACUUUAAGAUUAUACCGCCGUUCGGAGUGUUUUCUAUAGUAUAUGCCAUCUUUCGGCACGUUGAGGGAAUUUCAGGGAAAGACAUUUCGUUUUAAACUGCAAUAUUUGAAACCCAAUAUUUGGAUGAAGGCAAAGAGCCAUUGAAAAGGCGAUUGCAAUUUUAUUUUUUUCAUUAUUUUUUGUGGUCGAUGGAUGAAUGAAAGGAUUAGAAGAACAUCGAUUAUGGUCGUUCUUUGACACUGGCAACAGCUGUGGGAAAAGUGGCAAGUGAUCAAACGGCCUUAACCCUGGAAAUCCUGUGUCUGCCGCAGCCGCUGCUGACUGCUUGUCGCGAGCAAAUCUAUCGCGCUCAACAUGUGACGGGCCAGCAAAAGGCGAGAAAAUUGGCCGUUUCACGUAGUACCUGCACAGCGGUCCUGACGGACGCUGUAAACACUCUCCGCGUCCACUAUACGUCCAAAGUGAGGGGGAAGGAGGAAAUUGAAAGAAUACGACAAGGGCGACGUCUUGUUUAUUGACUAGACGGGCACACACACGUACACACAAAAUCGAGUUGACAUGUCAGUGUAUUAAAAAAUAAAUUUAACCUUUUCCUAAAAAAAGAAAAAAGGAGUUCGCAGUUGGAAGAUAAAGAAAGAAACUUGAACCAACGUAAAAAGGGAAACAUGUUUAAAGCGGGUAAAAGUGCGCUACCAUCGGAGGCGAGGCUUGGGCUCAAGAAAGUUACACUGGUGGUAACAUUUGCUUUCACCUGGAUUACCUUCUGUAUGGCGCAAGGAAAGCCUUCUUUCACAGUCAGAGAUCCCACGACUAGGGUCUGGCGGAGUGAUGAUGGAUUGAAUCCCGACGGCAGCUCGCCAGCCGUCCAACCAUGGUCAUCGCCAAAUGUAAUGCAGUUGCCGACAACAACACGCGAGACCGUCUUACGGAAUGAAUGGAACGCUGAUGCGCUACACACUGUCAAACGGAUGAAACGCAGCCACGAUGCGAAAAUCAUAAAUCUUCAGCUGCCUGUCGAAAAGGUCACGGCAGAGGUCUCUGGAGUUGAAUUCGGCGGCGAAAUUCUUCCCUCAGCUACGCUAGCCGUCAGCAAGCCAUACUUUGAAGCUACUUGGCCGACCAACGUAUCAGUCAUCCUUGGACAACCGGCCGUUCUUAAGUGCCGGACGAGGCUCCUCGGCGAGCGAAUGCUGUCUUGGAUCCGCCAGAGAGAUCUUCACGUUCUGACGUCAGCGUUGGUGAGCUAUACGAGUGACGGCCGCUUCAGCGUUCAUCACCAGUCAACUAGCGAUGACUGGGAACUACGAAUCUCGACCGUUCAAGCCCGCGAUGCUGGUUUCUAUGAGUGUCAAGUCAACACAGAGCCCAAAAUCAACUGGCCUGUUCAUCUCCAAGUUCACACUGGACAGGUACAAAUAGCCGGGCCAUCUGAGGUGCAUGUGCGGCAAGGUAGUACAUUAUCGCUGACUUGCACACUACGGGGAGCCAUCAAUGGACCGGACUCAAAUCUAACCUGGUAUCACGAUGACCAACUAGUGUCGCUAGAAACAGCGCGUGGUUCGUUGUCGUUGGCCACUGAGCGGAGUGAACAAUUCAUUUCGUCUCGAUUUCUUUUGCCUCGCGUCUCAGCUUCCGACGGUGGCAAUUACACUUGCCGGCCAUCUGAAGCUUUGCCCGCCUCAGUUCUCGUCCAUGUUCUAAGUGAAGGAGAACAUCCAGCGGCGAUGCAACACGGCAAUCGGAGCGGUGGAGGUGGUUCCUGCUUACCCAACACGGUCCAAGUCAUGUCAAUAUUAUGCCUGACGUAUUGGACUCUGCACUGGCUCGGCAACAUCCAAUUUUUCGCGGCAAGAUGAUCAACUUAUUUGCACAGCAUUUCAUCUGUAAUCGUACGGAAUGCGGAUGUGUAUCAAGAGUCCGUGUCGCUUUCGUGGACGAUAACAAAACCAAGAGACAUUUACAAAAUUAUAGAAUCACUUUUCCUGUGGUUGUCUUUUUUUUUUCCAUUUCUGUGCUAGGGUUAAAAAGGAUAAUAUUCAACUGUUUAUAUAUAUGAUGGAUCGAACUCACAAGAAAAAUAUUGAUGUAGUACGGAAUACGAAGAGGAUUGGUCUUCUGGUGAAGAUUUUUGUAUUUUUAUUCAUAUUUUUUGUUGUGAUUCUUUCUAGUUUUAUUCUUUUAAUGCAAAUUCAUGUUUUGAGAUGAGCGUAAUACACCCCAAGAUGUAUCUAUCA